UGAACAUUUAUUUCUGUGUAAGAUGACCUUGAAAAUUAUUUCAGGUUAGACAUGUUCGUUAUCAACAAUGAAUGUUCUAACAUGUGGAAUAAUUUUAUACUCGUUCUACAUGUCCAUUUGUAUGGAUAACGAUGAUAGCGGAUCCGAAAAGCAAACGUCACAGGAAACACAACAAUCAGAAGUUGUAACACCAGAAUCUCAGGCUGAAACCGGUGGAUUAGCAUCAGUUCUUACGGAACAACCAAAUCCACAAGAUGAACAGGGUUUUCAUGGAGCUUCGGGAGAUGCUCCACCACAUCAACCUGUAAAAAGUAAGAGUAAAUUAAAGAGAACUAGAAGGUAUAGAUAUAAGCCAUAUCAAACUAAACCGCAUGGUCCUAAAAAAAGUGACCCAGAUCCCAGUUUAUCACCUAAAAAAUUACCACUCAAGCCUAGAUCCAAAAAACCUAUACCAAAUCAAACCUAUGAAUUAACUUCAUACGGGUACUGGCCUACGCAAGCAUCGACGUCAACACCACAACCUGGUCCAUCUAGUGAACCAGAUACAACACAAGAUAGCUCAAGUAAAUUACCACAACAGCCAAUAAUGCAGCCGCCAUCACAACCAGCUCAACCACACGUUCCAAGAGCCGUUUUAGGAUACGGUAGAUAUAGGCUCAAUGUACCUCUUCCUAAGCCAUGGCCUCAUCCCAUGCCGGGCCAAUAUCGAUAUCAUUUACGUUUUUCAGGAUAUCCUAGGUUUCCCAGACCUCAACUACAAACUCCAACACAGGCAGCACCUCAACCUCAACCUCAACCCCAAAAAGAAGUAUUAGAACCAGAAGUCAUUCAGUUGGAAGUAGAAUCUGAUGAAGAAGAAGAGCCUAUCGAUUUAACAAAAACUACUACUCAACAACAAGACAAGGAAACAAAGGCAGAUUCAUCUACCGAACCAAAGCCACCAGAUCAACCACCGUCAAAACCUGAACCCCCGCCUAAACCAACUCCUACAGAUCCAAAAAAGCCAAAAAAAGUAAAACUUAUUAAUUUAGAAAUUCAUUCUAAAAUAAAUCCAGGUACAUUCCACUCUGAAGUUAGGAGCGAAGGAAAAACUUAUUUAAUGUUUUUGGCGGAUGAGGGUUAUGGUUUCAUAAAUAUUUUAGAACAGGGUAAUUUAAUAGCUGGAUUUAACGAUAGAAUAUAUGUUCAAGAAGCAAUUGUCGUUAUUGCCAAUGGAUUGGUUAUGAAAGUGGAAGUGUUAUUAAAUAACGGAAACACACAAAUCAUUGUAAGAAAAACGUAAAACAAACAGGAGAUUAUUUCAAUAGAUAAGGUUUAAUGCUGUAAAAUCAUUUAAAAUGAUUUGAUUAAAUUAUUUGUAAUUUUUUACCUGUCUAAGAA